AUGGACACAGCAGAGAAGGGUCUACUCACCAAAGGAGAAGAAGAAGAAGAACUCAACAAGAGAGAUGGGUUUUUCCCCGAGAUGAGGAGGCUCAGUUACAUAGCAGGUCCUAUGGUUGCAGUGAACUCAUCCAUGGACUUUCUUCAAGUCAUAUCAAUCAUGAUGGUUGGUCAUCUCGGUGAGAUUUAUCUCUCAAGCACCGCCAUCGCUGUUUCUUUCUGCAGCGUCACCGGCUUUAGCCUCGUUUUUGGAUUGGCUAGUGCGUUGGAGACGUUAUGUGGACAAGCUAAUGGAGCUAAGCAGUUCGAGAAGCUUGGAGAACAUACUUACACAGGGAUCUUCUCUCUGUUCAUUGUCUGUAUCCCUUUGUCUGUACUUUGGAGUUACAUGGGUGAGAUACUAUCUUUCAUCGGACAAGAUCCUUUUGUUUCUCAAGAAGCAGGGAAGUUUGCCACUUGGCUCAUACCAGCUCUCUUUGCUUACGCUACGUUACAGCCUCUUGUUGGGUUUUUCCAAGCGCAGAGUAUGGUUUUGCCUCUGAUUAUGAGCUCAGUGUCUGCUCUGUGUUGCCAUGUUGUUCUCUGCUGGACCUUGGUUUUCAAGUUUGGGCUUGGAAGCUUAGGUGCAGCUAUUGCGAUAAGCGUUUCUUAUUGGCUAAACGUUAUUGUGCUCGGAUUGUACAUGACGUUUUCAGCUAGAUGUAGCAAGACCCGUGGGAAGAUCUCAAUGAGUAUGUUUAAGGGAAUGAGAGAGUUUUACCGGUUUGGUAUCCCAUCUGCUUCUAUGAUUUGCCUUGAGUGGUGGUCAUUCGAGUUUCUUGUCAUGGUCUCUGGGAUGUUACCUAAUCCGAAGCUAGAAACCUCUGUUCUCUCAGUAUGUACAAGAGUUGCAAACGAACUAGGAGCUGGAAACCCGAAAAGAGCUCGAAUGGCGGUUUACACAGUGAUGGUUAUGACAGGAGUAGAAUCAUUAAUGGUGAGUGCAAUAGUUUUUGCUGCAAGAAACGUAUUUGGUUACCUAUUCAGCUCUAAAACUGAAGUUGUGGAUUAUGUAAGAAUAAUGGCUCCUCUGGUUUCUUUAUCAGUCAUAUUCGAUGCCCUUCACGCAGUUCUUUCAGGAGUGGCUAGAGUAUCAGGGAGGCAAGAUAUUGGUGCAUAUGUAAACCUAGCAGCAUACUAUCUCUUUGGAAUACCAACUGCUAUAGUAUUAGGUUUUAGGUUUAAAAUGGGAGGAAGAGGACUCUGGAUUGGUAUUACAGUUGGGUCUUGUGUACAAGCUGUUUUGCUUGGUCUUAUCGUCAGCCUCACCAAUUGGAAACAACAGGCGAGGAAGGCAAGAGAAAGAGUGAUGGGCGAGGAGUUUGAAGACGAUGAACACGUUGAGAUGAUUAGUUAA